AUGAGCACAACACUUCCCAUCGAACUCAUCGACGCAGUGCUGGACAACAUGCAUGAUAUCCCCUCGAUGAAGGCUCUUUCGCUCGCCGCAUGGUCUUUCGUCGGCCCCUGCCAGCGCCGUUUUAUGCACACCGUCGGGCUUAGUGACGCCAAUGUCCUCCCCGUGCUCUCCCUCGUGAGGGAAUCACCCCAUGUUGUCAAGAGCGUCCGACGACUACACAUAUGCCCGCAGCAGCGCGUCCUCGUCCUCCCCGCGAAGCUGGAGGCUAUGGUGACGCUCCUCAACUUGCUUCCUCCGCUCGACGGCUGUGUUAUUGAUGGCAAGAGCUGGGGCGGGGGCUGCUUUCUGUGGACGGAUGUUCCGGAAGAAGUUGCUUCGGCCAUCGGCGCGCUCCUCUCUAAGAGUCCCGGUGCCGUGCUUCAUCUGCACAACAUAUCCGCGUGGACGCUCCCUUCGAUGCCCUGGCUCUUCCAGGUGCGGUUUCUCAGCUUUCGGUCGACGACUAGCGAUCCGGUCCGGCUAUCCGGAGUCAAUGCCACCGCGCACCACGGCGCUCAGGCUGCUAAUAGUUUACUCCGGCAUCUCUUUCUCUGCCCUUCGUCUGGGUCUGUGGCGCAGAGUAUGACAGAAUCACCCGCCUUCACACAUAUAUACCAAAGACUGGAGCAUAUCUCGUGUUAUCUUGGCUCGCACACGCUCAGAUUAAUUGUGCUCACGACACGGACCCUGAGGACUCUACAUCUCUCUAUGGACAAUUCCUUGCGCGGAGCCAAUCUCACCGCGUCAUUGCCGGAGUUUCCUGUAUUGCAACGCCUGACAAUCGAGCCACUCACAGGACAGAGUGCGGAUUUGGGUGGUGUCGACGUCAUUUCCCGCAUCCUCAAUCCAAAGAUCUCCCCCGUGCUUGCGGAAUGCCGCGUUAUAUGGGCCCGCGUGCAAGCGGGGACGGAUUCUGAGACUGCUGCUGGUCCCACUAUUGUCACCGCCUCGCCGUCCUGGCAUACCCGCUUCGUUCGCAUCACGGCUGCGCUAGCGCUCCAUCCAGCGACACCGCAGGUGACUUGGGUCCUUCAGCCCGCUCUGGAUGUCCAAGUCGAUGCAGACGUCUUCGCUGAGCGACUUCGGCUUGACUCUUCAGAGCUCGACGGGAAUGGCAGACUCGGCUUCGAAUACAAAAACUUGCCUUCUGUGCCACAUAUGUUUACUGGAUGGCCCCAGGUUUCACUCAACUCGUGA